AUGCCGCUCAAUUACAGUUUGAGAACAAGAAGGACUCCACACCUCAAAAGUUCUACGUUGAUGUCGAAUCCUCUAAUGAUACCACAGAGACUAAGGCAAGUCUUAGCACCCAUUUACUUCUAUGUUGGCUCCCGGAGGAUAGGCCUGGCUGACUGCAUUGGCUCGCAGCUGAAAUACAACUAUCCUUACAAGAUCUACGGUAAGGAUGGAAAUGAAGACAAACUAUGGCUCUUCUCCAAUCAGACCAUGCCAGGAUUUAUGUCCACCGCUUUUGUCUGGGCUGCUAAGGAGAAAGGCGCGACAUCCUUCCGAUUCCUCUUGCCUAGCAAUCUCGACAAUUCGCCUUCUCGGGAUAUUGAGGAUGGAGAGGAAGCCUCAGUCCAGCUUUUUGACAAACAUGAUCAUGAAAUCAACCUGGCCACGCGAUUUGACAGAAGAGGCGACAAAGUAGGCACCGUGGUGGAUCUGGAUGAUUUCGCGAAACUCGCCAAUGAGCUUGACACGACUUGGGAGGUCCAUUAUUUGUGA